AUGUACCAGAUCAAAGGGCUCACUCCGAAGCUGGACCCGGAGGAGAUGAAACGCAAGAUGCCUGAGGACGCGCUCUCCUCCCUACGGAACUUCCUCAUCUACGUGGCCCUGCUGCAAGCCACUCCAUUUAUCUUGAAGAAAUUGGACGGCAUAUGA